AUGGGGACCCAUCAGAAGAUCGAUAUAAAGACAUAUGCCGACUCCACAGGGGUCUUUGAAACACGUCCUCUUGGGACCGACAGCAUAAAAAGAGUGACAGAGCUGUUGAAUAUGAACCACAACAACUAUCAUAUCUAUAUUCACAACCUAGGCUUACACAAUCACAUUCUUCACCAUUUGUUAGCCAUUCUCUCGCUAGGAGGCACUGAAAGACAGCUUUCACAGGCUUAUGAACUGGCCGUCAGCUCUCAAAGGCCGACUCGUCCACCUGAUGCUCGUCGCGUAUCGGAUAUCUCCGAUCCAGAGAAGUUCAAAUUAUUCUUGGGGAAAGGUAAGUAUUACGAUGACUACUUUGCAUACUUUCAAAAAGAGAUUUCUCAUCAUGGAGUUCCGCGAACCGUUCAUGAACAUCUCUUCAAAGGCGACGAAAGAGCCGAAGACAUGCUGCAACGCUUCUUCAGCGGAUUCCUUCACUCUCCUAUUCAUCUAGCAUACGCGAUCGAAUUUGAACAGCCACUGGUAGUGGCCGAGGCUCUUGCUUUGACAGCUAUCCACGACUCGUCCUUUGGUCAAAUUUUAGAUCAAGUCGAGAAAGUCGAUCGACAUUCCUCCACCACCAAGAGCUUAAUUGAUCUCCAGAGAGAGAUCCAUGGGAGUGAAAAACUUCGCAAGGCCAUGGACUAUACACAUGGCGUGUCGCAAAUUCAAGACGGCUUGUUGGUGAAUGCGAGAGUAGAAUUCCUGAGCCUAAUGGGCGCGUGGAAGGUUCAACCGCAAGAACUAGAGGAGAAAACCGCCGAGUCUCUUAAUGCUACCUUAUACUGGACAUCUCUUGCUCAGCGGCCUGAGAAACAAAUCCGAUUUGAUUUUUUCCUGAUGCAUUCUAUCACAGCUGGGUCUCUUUGGCCGGUUUUCAACCACGUAUCUUGGAUUAGCCCUGAAAUGAAAGGUCGAUUGUUAGAAUGGAAAGGUCGUGCAGAUCUCAUGCUCUACUGCCAAUGUGGCGCGCCGGCCUUAAUUAACGAGUUGGCCACUUACCAGCCGCGACUUCCCUCGGGGUGGUCGGAGAUCUUCCGACGGGCCUGCGAUUACAAGGACGACGGCCAUUUGGUCAAAUUCAUUCGCGGCAUUGCUACGGCUGAACUGAUUAGCAGAAAAUUUGCUGCAAAGCCCCACUUCAUGCUCAAGAGUGAGGCGGAGUUUCUUCAGAUUGCACAUAUGGUGAUGGAUUCUGCGGAACGAUUUAACCUGGAAUCCGCCGAUCAGGAGACUGAGAUGAUAUGUGCCAAGUAUGGGUAUCCUCGUAUUUUGCCCACUGAGAUCCAGCGGGUUACUGCCCGCUGGCCGCGCCAUGUGGGGUUUGAGGAGUCUUGGUUCCAUGUGCCAGCACGCAAGUUCAAUACUUCCCAUCUUUGA